CCCGCCCGCACAUGUUUCUUCCCCUGCUCGCUUGGGUUUUACCUGCAGCUUCCGCUCCCUCCAGAAACUUCACCUACAGGAGGGAGAGAGCGUAGGGGGCUUCGAUCAAUACCAAACCAGGAAGUGGAGAAGUAAGCCGAGAAGGAGGGUGCAACAGCGACCCGGACUGGGGGGCGGGGGUUGCCCGAUCGCAGGGACACAAACGCUUGCAGACCCAGGCGCGCAAAUUCCUGCAAGCUCGCCUUGGCUUGUCCCAUCCUCCCCGCGUCCCCUCUCCCAAUGGCUUCUCCCGCGGACCUUCUGCCUGAAGCAGAUCUUGCAGUUAAAGAACCAGUAGAAGAUACAGAUCCUAGCACUUUAUCCUCAGAAGAAGAAACAGAAAAGUAUCCUGUUCAAGACACAGCACUGCCAAAAGAUGAGGAGUAUCAAACAGAAAAAGUGACAUUGGAAAUAGCAUCCAUUAACAUUAGGAGCCUAACAUCAGAUUCAGGCCUGAUACAACAGCCAGAAGAAGAUGAUGAUAGCCAAAGUAGUACUGGCGAAUCACCUACAGCUUUGAAGAAACCAUGCACUGAAAAUGGCACCUGCUCCUUAUAUAUAUCUCACCAACCAACCAUCAGUGACUUGCUCAAUGAUGAAGACUUGUUGUAUAUGAUGAGGAUAAAGUUGGAUCCAUCUCACCCAACAGUGAAAAACUGGAGAAACUUUGCCAGCAAAUGGGGAAUGACCUAUGAUGAAUUAUGUUUCCUGGAACAGAAGCAACAGAGUCCCACCCUGGAAUUUUUGCUACGGAAUAGUGACAGAACUGUGGAACAACUUAUUGAUCUAUGCAAAUUAUAUCAAAGAGUUGAUGUUGAGAAAAUGCUACUGAAGUGGGUGGAGAAAGAAUGGCCAAAGAGAGGGCACGGAACCUACCAAAAUAAGUUCUAAGUGACAGAAAAUAUCUAGUCCAUUGUAUUUCUGUGGUGGAAAAGAUAAAAAGCAGCAGGGCUUGGUUUGCUUUGCCACUGGUGGGUGUGGAGUUUUCCUUUGCUAGAAGAAGGACCCACAAGCUCAUUUUUACUACAUAAAAUAUCUAACAUAUUUGUGUACCUAGCCUUUGUAGUGACAAGCAUGGAUUUAAAUAUGAAUUGGUGUCUUUGCAGGUACCUUCAAUUUAUUGUUUGCUGCUUAUAGAGAUUUCCAAGCAGCAAGUGAAGAAUUAAAGUCAGAGUAUGCUAUUUAGGCCAGCCAGUCAGCCAGUUUUUGCUGUUUUACAAACCUUAAUGCUCUCCAAUUCCUGCACUGCUUCCUCAAAAAAUGGUGUUAAAAGUAAAGAGGAAACAGGAAUCUGGACUCCUCUUUAAAGAAGAGUGCAUAGCUGUACUCUCAAUGGUGUAAAUACAUUGGGUUUGUUCCAUCCCUUUCCAAGAUUCCUACAUUCAUGAUAUGGAGAAGAAAGCAGAACAGAUCUGGGAUAUCAUCAUAUGACUUCACUGAACAUUCUAGUGGGAGAUAUUAUUUUGUCUAAAGAUCUGUGCAAACAGUACAGAAAUAAGACAUAUGCUUAUUGCCUUUGUUCGUAUUACUACAAUUUCACUACUACAGUUUAAGGCCCUGGAUUGAGCAGAUGACACAAAAAUUGUGUCAGCUUCACUCUGCUGUUUCUUUUAACAGCUAUUGUCAGCAAAUACAUUCCCUUUACUUAAAGAUGGCUUUUCUCCUACUAUCUUAACUAUUUGAUGUCAUUCAGAUCUUUCAAGUUCUGACAUGUUUAAUAAAAAUAAACCCUGGUAUUUCCAUGUUUGGAACAAUCCAUUUUUGAAUUCAUUUAAUAUUUGGAGAUUUUGCUUUGAGAAAUUAAUUUAGAGAAAGUAUGUAAACAACUUUAAGAUUAAAUUAAUUUGUGCUGCAUAAAGCAGUGCCUUUAGGGUACACAAGCCUGUAUUGUGGGUAGAAGAAUUGUAUGAAGUUCACAGAGAAUUUUCAAGUCCCAAUACUGCUUGAUUGUUUCAGAGUAUUCAAGUUUGCCAGUGUCUCUAUGGUUUAGAUCUUUUAGCUCCUUUGAAUUAAAGUGGUUAGAUCUCAAAUGUGGGUAAUAUAUUAAAAUCUUUUAGGAGUGAUUAUGUUAAUUGGAACUGCUAUUUCCCUGUGGCAAUUAGAAGAUAUAUUCUAACAUGUUUCAGAGACAAUUUGAGAACUAGUGCUAGAACAGGUUCUUACACAGCACUUAUCUUACAAUGUUUUAAUCACAAUUAUGAGCAAUAUAUUAAUAACAUUUAGUGAUACUAUUAAAAAUUUCCCAGAAAUUAAUGUUUAGAUUAAGUAGAGUUAUUUGGCAUAGAAUAUGCAUUGGUUUAUGUAGCAAGGCACAAUGGUGGGCAGUGUGCCAAUUCUGAGUUUAAAAUCACAUGCUGUUUGAUUACAUUGCAGGUCACUACAAAUUCAAAGGGUAAAACAGUAAGUGGGAAGUUAAAAAGGGAUCCCUUGUUAAAUAUCAUGAAUCAGAGCAGAGCUAAUGAGAAACCACAGAUUCAAGGCCAGUAUUGUCAAGAAUUAAGGCCUAAGAAUCAAGGCUGUUUGUUAACUUUUCCCAAAGCCUGAGGCUACAGUCCUCCUAAGCAUGUUUACUUCAAUGGGACUUACUUCCAAGGAAGCAUUCUUAAGACUGGAAUAUAAUUUUCAGGCAUGCUGAGUCCUGAAAAUUCAACUGAAAAUCAAUCAGAGUAGAAGGUGUCUCCUAGGUGAAGAACACUUUUUAGCUGGGAAGUUCAGCUAUUUUGCUAACUCAAGCAGAGUUCAUCACAAUGCAGACUCUCAGAACAGUAGCACAUUCAAGCAGCUAGACUUGAAAGCAGAUUGAAACCUAAGUCAGAGAGUUCGUACUCCUCUUACUGUCCCUGUUACUAGCAUAAAUAUCAGAUUGUUGAUAUAAAUAUGCUGAUUGUUUUUUAAAAGUUGAUGCUACAUUGAUAGGUUUAAUAUUCUUCCGUUCACAAGGUCUGUUCUGUAUGAAGCAUCAAUUUCAGUGGCACCUUUGUUAUAUGUUUUAGUAUACCAUUGUAUAUGAUCUUAGUAGAAGAACCAAAUCCUGAUGUGUUAAUUAUAAUUUGAUUUAGUGCUCCAUGUUUCGUUUCUGAACUACUGUUGCAAUUAUUUAAGGCAAAUGCCUUCAUCAUUCAAAAAGACUCUACAAAUUAAAGAUGUGUAAAAUCUAGACUACAGCCUUAAUGGAGGACACAGUGGGAGUAACACAGAUGUAGAGCUAUGAUCCAAAGGCCCUUGUGUGCAAGGAUCUCAUGGACAUCAUUUCCGUUUCUGCACUUCUCAAUAGAAGAACCCUCUUCAUUAAUGGAUGAGCUCUGUUGAACUAUGGUAGGCAUAUUCAUAAAUUUAUUUUCUCCAGUGAUUCACUAUAGUAAAUAAACUGAAUGU